CCUUCUUUGUCUGGUCAACCUUUGUGUAGGAGAAGAAAAGGAGGGUGGCUAAAUUUGGAGGGCUCAGUCCCACCCACUUCUGAUGGUGUGCAUUCUUCCCCUUUCCCAGGGUUUAACCUCCCUCUUUCCACUUUUCCUCCAUCUGUUCCCAUUAGGUGGUGGCAGCCAUGACGAACCAGAGGGUAACAACUGCAUGGGCCUACUUUACCGCUCUAGCGGAGGCAUGUGGAUAAUGAGCCUGACAGGGCUUCUGAGCUCAGUAGUGUUUUCAGUGUAAAUGUGAGAGUGUAGUGUGCAAGGUGGCAAUGGGCCAUAUAUGACUCCAGGGACAGUUGGUGCUAUGGAUGGGCUUGGUGUGGCCAAAGGUGUGUUGGGAAGUUUGGAAAAUGUAGAUGCUGAUGGUUAUCACUGUGAGCCUGGACUGGACUUGAGCCCUGUGCCUAGAAAGCUGGUGCAUGGUGUGAGUGGUGCUAGUGUUUUGCAGAUAGGUGGUUUGCGUACUAGAUGUGCUGCUUGUGAUGCUAGAGGGCAUGGCGAGAUUCAGGGGGCCAGUGGUGGGAUCACUCACUUGAGGAAAGACAGUGGGACUGGUAGUAGCUGCUAGUCAUAGGCAUGGGGUCCCUGUCCUCUCUCUUCUUCUCCUGUUUUGCAGAUAGUUGAGCAAGGCUCCUUUCCUGGCAUUGAGUUGGCCGGAACAAGGGUUGCUAGUUCUGAAUCCCUGGAUCCGAAUGCAGGACCAUUGGAGGCUCCUGGGGCAGGACAAGUUGGAGCAGCCCAGGCUGGUGCCGAUACUGAUAUGACGUUAAACAAGAGAGAGAAAUUGGGAGGGCUGAAGCAGCACCGUGGAAGUCUCCAACUUCCGACAGGCACACAACGGCGUGGAAGUAUGCCCUUGCCCUACAAACACCAGUUGAGACGUGCACAAGCAGUGGAUGAGCUGGACUGGCCAAGUGUUGAUUCUGGAUCAUCUGAUUCGGUACAAUCUGCAGACAGCAAUCAAGAACCUGGAAUCUACAAAGUAAUGUUGCUGGGAGACAGUGGAGUGGGUAAAACUGCCCUUGCUGGAAUAUUUGGAGGUUUAGAAGACACUUUUCCCCAUGAAGCAGAACACCCAGAGGAUACAUAUGAGAGAAACUUACUGGUGGAUGGAGAGAAGACAUCAUUAAUGGUGUAUGAUAUAUGGGAACAGUCUGGACCACGAAGUUGGAUGAAAGACAACUGUCUAAAGAUGGGAGAUGCUUUCCUUCUUGUUUUCUCUGUGACAGACCGUAGGAGUUUUCAGAGUCUCCCAGGACUGCUCCUCCAGCUGCGCACUGCACGUCCACAUCGUCAUAUUCCCAUCAUUAUAGUGGGCAAUAAGGGUGACCUAGCUCGCUCCAGAGAAGUCAGCAUGGAAGAGGGACGAUCUCUGGCUGUAAUGUUAAACUGUAAGUACACAGAGACAUCAGCUGCUCUUCAUCAUAAUACACAGGAACUCCUUGAAGGAAUUGUUAGACAGAUUCGCCUACGAAGGGAGGAAAAAGAACAAAGCCCCCACGUCCCCACCCUUUUAACCCCAGUGCGCAGAGAAAGCCUGACCAAAAAAGCGCGUCGUCUUCUGCAAGGGAUUAUGGCAAAACACAGAGGUUUCUUCAAGCAGCGAUCAAAGUCCUGCCAUGACCUGUCUGUACUUUAAUUCUUAAAAUUAACUUUCAGGAGUCAUAGGCUAGCCAUGUAACUGAAGGAACACAUAAAUUGAACAGAUAGCUCCUGGGGAGUCACACACAGUCUCUGAGGUUUCAAAAUUUACUAGGAAUUUGUUUAACAUGUGGAGUCAAAUACUGGCCAAGGGACUUAUUGGGCAUGAUAGUCCAGGGUCAACAGAGAUUCAGGAAACCUUUGGUCUGUCCAUAUGGCCUAGGAGCACUAGUGGAUGAAAAGAUUACUAGCAAGAUGAACUUGUCACAUUUAAUAUGGCAAGAGCCAUAUUGACUAGCACUUAUACAAAGGAUCCAUGAUGAGCAUUUGCGCCAAGGACAUCCAAUUGGUCAUGUAAAUUCCAAGCCUCUUCACACACCACAUGUGCCCAGACCAGACCAAAUGCCUUUCAGCCCACUCUUCACACCCCUUCUUCCAGUAAAGAAUUGUUGCAAAGAUCUCAUAUUUAUACAGCAAGAACAGCAAUAUGAAUGCAACUGAGGUCAUACCAUCAUGCUUCUGUGCUUGUGUUGGGACAGAGUGAUAGAAAGGCUUAUAUCAAGGGGCUCAAACUUUGUGACUAGAAUAAGAAAUGUCAAUGUAGUUGAUUUUGAAACAAGCACUUCUACCACCACUGGUCACAUUCACAUUAAUAAAAUGGAACUUUGGUGAAACUGGGAAAAAAGAACUCUUAAUAAGAACAUGGACAUGUCACUUUUGUAAAUGGAUACAGGAUUUUGACACUGAGUGAAAACCUAGAUACGUUUGCACCCCUUCAGCAAAUGAACUAGUGAACAUUUUGUAGAAGUAUCAGGCCAAAAAAAUGGCAGUGUGUUUUAAGGAAGUCCAUGUUAUAAAUCAUUCAAUAAACAUAUCACUGGAGAUGGUAA